UAACUGUUAAAUUUUUGUGGCAGAUGCUGGCUUUUCCAGCAGCUGUGAUAUGAAAUUGAUUGGGUAUAAAUGUACAGAUCUGAAUGAAGUCAGCUUUACAACAUGAGAAGGCAAGAAAUGUGACUUCAUGCAGGCGACUUUACAGUAAAUAUAUUGGGGUAUAGCAUAGCUGUCACUAUGGCAACGAGCGCUGUUCCCAGCGACAAUCUCCCCACGUAUAAGCUGGUAGUGGUGGGGGAUGGGGGAGUGGGGAAGAGCGCUCUCACCAUUCAGUUCUUUCAGAAGAUCUUUGUUCCUGAUUACGACCCCACCAUCGAGGACUCCUACCUCAAACACACUGAGAUUGAUGCCCAGUGGGCCAUAUUGGACGUUCUGGAUACAGCAGGCCAAGAGGAGUUCAGUGCUAUGAGGGAACAGUACAUGAGGACUGGGGACGGGUUCCUCAUCGUGUUCUCUGUCACAGACAAGGCCAGCUUUGAACACGUGGACCGCUUCCAUCAACUCAUCCUCAGGGUGAAGGACCGGGAAUCCUUUCCUAUGGUUCUUGUGGCCAACAAAGUGGACCUGCUGCAUUUACGUAAAAUACCCAGUGAUCAAGGGAGGGAGAUGGCUAGUAAACACAGUAUAGCUUACAUUGAAACAAGUGCUAAGGACCCAGCCAUGAAUGUUGACAAGGCGUUCCACGAGUUAGUUAGGGUAAUCAGGUAUGUUACCGCCACAGAUUAUUUAGAGAAGGUUUGUCUGUUUGAUACAAAUGCUAUGAGAGUCUUUCUCUCUCUCUCUCUCUCUCCCUCUCUCUCUCACCCAGGCAACAGAUUCCAGAGAGGAGCCAGAAGAAGAAGAGGAAAACCAAGUGGCGGGCCGACAGGUCCACUGUCUCCCACAGACUGCACUGUGUUGUCCUAUGAUGGUUUUUACUUGUACAGCUGCUCCCUACAGGACAGCGGGAAGAUGAUUACAUUUAGGAGUGUUUACUCUCUACACAGAGUGCCAGGAGGCAGUUUGUACCCUCUACCCUGGCACAUGAGUUAGGUAGUAGGGAGUUGCCCAGACAUGGGAUGUGACUGACUCGCCCUAAAAGGACCAGUGGAAUAAUUUACAGCUCUUCUGGGGAUGUGCACUAACUUCCUCAACAACAUGGGGAUAAAGUGGCAUCACUUUAGCAUUACUGCCUUUAUCUACCAAUGAAGCUCUUUGACAGAGAAACUGGACAUAUGGGCUCACAAAGAUAAUCUGUAAAUAAUUAGACAUACUGUACAUUUUACUAAGAGGUAGGCCUUUAAACAUUGUUUUACCAAGAGGUAGGCGUUUAAACAUUGUUUUACUAAGAAGUAGGCCUUUAAAACUUGGUCCAUGUUUUCAUUAAGAUGGAGGCCAUUGAGUAAAGCACAGGAAGGAGGGAGGAAACAGAGAGCUUUCCCCAGCGAGGGGGAGUAUAGUAGAGAGGGGAGUGAGAGGAGGGGAGAGGAUGUGUCUGUUUGUGUUGGAAUCAGUGGGCCUGUCAGACAACAGAGAGAAGAAGGGAACGUGAGGAAAGAGAUACAGAGAGAGAAAGAGAGAUUCCAAAUGCAUAGCAGCUGGCAAAGGGACUCCAGACAUUGUGUCAAAGCCUGGGAGGCAGCCAAUGUGUAGCCCCAUAACUUAUACAGGGAGAAUGUCUUUAUAAUCUCCGAACAAGACUGUUAUAUAACUGCAUUGUAGCUUAUUGAAUGCACCAAAUGUCUUAUUUGAAUGGACAUUUAUGAACCAUGACCAUUUUGACUUAUCAGUGCUCACUGGAUGUAGUUGUGUACUUCUCAAAACGCUUCAAACACACUAUUGUGGUGUUUGUGUGUGCGUGAGUGCCCCGGAUAUGUUGUGGCCUAGACGAUGAAAUCUUAUUUUCACAUCUGAAUAUUAGUUUGCUUUGCUACUAUUUCAUUAUUUAUUUUAUAUAAGUAAUUUAUAUCUGUGUUAUCUUUAGUACAAGGCUACUCCAGAGAGGCACAAAGCACAGAGCUUAACUAAGAAAUUGAAGGAACAAAACAUUUGUAAGCAAAGUAAUAAAUGUGUGUUAAUACAUUUUGUGUUCUAUUAUAUGUGUACACAUCUUGGGUAAAAUGGUUUGUCUGGAUAAAACCAUAAUUAUGACACAGAA